CCAGAGCUGCACUUGGCUGGGAACUAUGAAGAGACAUUGUGCAUAAACCUUUGACAGGACCAAGACCAUGGCAUCUUCGACAAACUUGGAUGCUGGGGCCCAGUUAAUUUUAGAAGAAUGUCCCACCAGCUACAGCCUUCCGCCCAUGCCGGACAUUAAAGUGGAGCACCAGCUUGACUCUGGCACGGAGGAAGGCCCAGCUCAGAAUGUUGCCAUGGGGAUGAAAUUCAUUUUGCCCAAUAGAUUUGACAUGAAUGUCUGCUCACGAUUUGUGAAAUCUUUGAAUGAGGAGGACAGUAAAAAUAUUCAAGACCAAGUUAACUCUGACCUUGAAGUGGCAUCUGUGUUAUUUAAAGCUGAAUGCAACAUCCACACUUCUCCUUCCCCUGGUAUCCAAGUGAGACAUGUUUAUACUCCAUCAACUACUAAGCAUUUCUCACCAAUAAAACAAUCAACUACACUAACUAACAAACACAGAGGAAAUGAAGUCUCUACAACACCUCUGCUUGUAAACUCAUUAUCAGUUCAUCAGCUGGCUGCUCAGGGAGAAAUGUUGUAUCUGGCCACACGUAUUGAACAAGAAAAUGUAAUCAAUCAUAAGGAUGAAGAAGGAUUUACCCCUCUGAUGUGGGCUGCAGCUCACGGGCAGAUAGCAAUAGUGGAAUUUCUCCUCCAGAACGGUGCAGAUCCUCAAAUUUUGGGGAAAGGGCGUGAAAGUGCCCUCUCACUGGCUUGCAGUAAAGGAUACACAGAUAUUGUCAAAAUGCUGCUUGACUGUGGAGUUGAUGUCAAUGAGUAUGACUGGAAUGGAGGCACACCUCUACUAUAUGCUGUACAUGGAAACCAUGUGAAAUGUGUGAAAAUUCUCCUUGAAAGUGGUGCUGAUCCAACUAUUGAAACAGAUGCUGGCUAUAAUUCUAUGGAUUUGGCUGUAGCCUUGGGCUAUCGGAGUGUUCAACAGGUUAUUGAGUCUCAUUUAUUAAGGCUACUUCAAAAUAUCAAGGAAUAAGGGUUGGCUCUUCUGCGGAUGUCCAUUCUUCACCUGGAGACUUUAACUGCUUUUUAGCCCUGUAAUCAGUGAUAAAAAAUGGUUGUUUUGUUAGCUUUAUCUCCAUUCAAGUAUCUGCUGUUCUUAGUUAAGCUUUUUAAUAUGCUCCUCUUCUUUCAUUGUUGUUCAUGGAACUAUGUGAUGUCAUCCUUAAAUAUUUUUUAUAUAAUUUUAGAAUAAGACAUCAGUUUUUGUGCAUGAAAACCUGUAAAUAAAACCAGUUGUGACCAUCUA